AUGCGGGGCCGGCUGCUGGCGCGGCUGCGGCGGCGGCGGCUGCUGCGGCUGCUGCUGGCCCUGGGCGCGCUGGCCCUGGGGCUCUGGGCCGCCUACCUGGAGCUGGUGGCCACGGCGGGCGGCGGGGCUGCCCCGGAGCGCAGAUACGAAAACUGGAGGGAGCUGGCUAAGGUUCUGUCAGACACCAAUGUCCCAGGUGGGGACCCAAGCCUUCAGUUUUACUAUCCACAGCAGCCAGGACACCAGAAGCAAGAGCUGCAAAGAGCUGGGAGGAAUAAAUCGAAUUAUGCGACUGUGGACGACCCUGUCCCAUGGUUGCCAGAGUUCCAGGGCCAGGCUAAUCUGCACGUGUUCGAGGACUGGUGCGGCGGCUCCAUUGAGCAGCUCAGGAAAAACCUGCACUUCCCCCUCUUCCCUCACACACGAACUACACUGAAGAAGUUGGCUGUGUCCCCAAAAUGGACCAACUAUGGCCUCCGGAUAUUUGGCUACCUGCAUCCUUUCACCAAUGGGGAGUUUCAGUUUGCCAUUGCUGCGGAUGACAAUGCCGAGUUCUGGCUGAGCCCAGAUGAAAAGACCUCUGGUCUCCAGCUGCUGGCCAGUGUAGGCAAGACAGGGAAGGAGUGGACUGCACCGGGAGAGUUUGGGAAAUUUCACAGCCAGCAGUCAAAGAUGGUGAGGUUGUCAGCUGCAGGCAGGUACUAUUUUGAGGUGCUGCACAAGCAGGAUGACAGAGGAACAGACCAUGUGGAAGUAGCAUGGAGACUGAAUGACCCGGAGGCGAAGUUCAGAGUGAUUGACUCCCAAUACCUCUCCCUUUUUGCUAACGAGACGCUUUUAAAGAUGGAUGAGGUCGGGCAUAUCCCGCAGACAUUGGCCAGUCACAGGAGCCGGCCUGCUGACAGCGCAGGCAGCAAGGCACACCCGGCUGACAUGUUGAAGCCUGACCCCCGGGACACUCUUUAUGAAGUGCCUCUGCUCAGCAAGUCCCGUGUGCGCCGAGCCUUGCCCGACUGCCCCUACAAGCCCAGCUACCUGGUGAAUGGAUUUCCUCUGCAGCGCUACCAGGGGCUCCAGUUUGUUCAUUUAUCCUUUGUUUACCCAAAUGACUACAGCCGCCUGAGCCACAUGGAAAAAGAAAACAAAUGCUUCUAUCAGGAAAACCCUUAUUAUUUGGAAAGAUUCGGAUUCUACAAGUACAUGAAAAUGGAUCGGCCAGAGAAGAGCCUGGACUCCGGAGAAAAGACAGAGCAGCCAGGCUCCCAGGAGGGGAACCUGGAUGACCUGCAGUACGAGGAGCAGGACACAGAGAGUACCCGUCCCGCCGAGCACCCUGGCACAGUGAAGGCAGAGCUGUUGGGCAACGCUCCCGGCAGCAUUUUGGGCAGGGACAAUAUCCACGAGGACUAUUCCUUCCGGGACCGUCGUCGGCUCCUCUCAGUAAUGGGCAGUAACAUAGGAGAGGGGAUACAAAGGAGAAGGACAAAGAGGUCUGGUGUCAAAUCAGCCGUGCUGGCCUCUACUAACCAAAGCCUCAGCCAGGUUGGCCUGGAGGGGAACCCAGUAACAAAGAGACCCCGUUUAAAAGCUGGUGUCAAAGACAACUCCAGGAGCCCUCUGCAGCAUGCCAGGGCCAUCCAGGGGAGAGUGCCUGUCAGAAGGGCAAACCCUCCUUCUAGGACCGUGUCUCAAAGACAGCAGUCUUUUAGCCACCCAAGGGACUCAGGGGUCACAAUUCCCAAAGGGGUGAGACCUCGAGGAAAUCUCAGCACUACUAAGGACGGGCUGCAGCCAGCAGGCACCGUGCCAGCCAGGAAAGGAGGCCCAGUCUCUGGCAAAGCCAGCAGACGCUCUGUGAGCACUGCCAGCCCCAGCCAGCCUGGGCUGCCCCAGUGGCUGAACCAAGUGGAGUCCUACAUUGCUGAGCACAAGGCAGCCAAUGGUGGGGACAUGGACGAAAGAGAGGUACAGGUGCCAUCUCCUGUGAAGGGCAAGUCUGCACCUGUGGCAGCAGAAGACGAAGAGGAAGAGGUGGAUGGGGAGCCAGAGGAGGAAGAUGAGGAGGAUUUUGAUUACGUACCGGUGUUUGACCAGGCAGUGAACUGGGAGCAGACCUUCAGCGCGAGCAACCUGGACUUCCAUAUGCUGCGCACAGACUGGAUUGACCUGAAAUGCAACACAUCAGGAAACUUGCUGCUAAGAGAAAGGGAGGCCCUGGAAGUUACACGUGUCUUCCUGAAGAAGCUCAACCAGAGGAGUAAAGGGCGGUUUCAGCUGCAGCGUAUCGUGAACGUGGAGAAACGCCAGGACCGCAUGCGGGGCAGCCGCUACCUGCUGGAGCUGGAGCUGCUGGAGCAGGGAGGGCGGCUCGUCCGCUUCUCCGAGUACGUCUUCGCCCAGGGCUGGCAGGGAGUUGGUGGCAAUGAGGAGGAGGAGAGGAAGAUGAGGAGCCUGGUGUGGGGUCGCCGGCGGCACCUGAUGGCUGUGGCGAACGAGCCAGAGCUGUGCUGGCCUCAGGGCUUUUCCUGGAACCACCGUGCCAUGGUUCACUUCGUGGUGCCAGUGAAAAACCAGGCACGUUGGGUGCUGCAGUUCAUCUCUGACAUGGAAGAGCUGUUCCAAAUCACUAAGGAUCCCAACUUCAACAUCAUCAUCACAGACUACAGCAGUGAUGACAUGGAUGUAGAGAAGGCUCUGAAAAGGUCUACCUUGCACAGCUACCAGUACCUGAAGCUGACAGGGAAUUUCGAGCGUUCUGCUGGGCUGCAGGCGGGAAUAGACCUUGUGACGGACCCACACAGCAUCAUCUUCCUGUGUGACCUCCACAUCCACUUCCCAGCUGGAGUCAUUGAUUCAAUCAGGAAGCACUGUGUGGAAGGCAAGAUGGCCUUCGCACCCAUGGUCAUGAGGCUGCACUGCGGGAUGUCCCCACAGUGGCCUGAAGGCUACUGGGAGGUGAAUGGGUUUGGUCUCCUGGGCAUAUACAAGUCUGACCUGGACAAGAUUGGAGGCAUGAACACAAAAGAGUUUCGGGACCGCUGGGGAGGAGAGGACUGGGAACUCCUGGACAGGAUCUUACAGGCUGGGCUGGAAGUGGAGCGUCUCUCCCUGAGAAACUUUUUCCACUGGUUUCACUCAAAGCGGGGCAUGUGGAACCGACGCCAGCUGAAGACGCUGUAGCCUUCAACCCCACAGCUGUUCGGCGGCACCGUCCACCAUCUCAUCUAGAUGUGCACUUUACUGAGGCACACAGCCGAGCACACAAACUCUUCCUCUGCCUCCAGAGCCCUCUGAUGGGAUGGCACAGCCAGGGAAGGGGUGAUCAGGCUGGCAGAGCAGGAGCUUCUCUUCUGAGCCGUUGUAUCCAAGACGUGGGAUCCAUGUCUGGCUGGGAAGGUGUGCGGGGGAGAUGUCGACAAGGGAAGGACUCACGUUUCCUGCCGUGCAGUCUGGUGGAUGGUACAGUGGGAGAGGUGCCAUAUUUCCUGUUGAGUCUUGCACCAAACAAACACAAAUCCCAGCUAAGCCCAGAAUGGUUUAUUUAGAGCAAUGCAGCUUCUUUUUCAAUACUUGAAUGAAAAAAA